AUGAAAGUCCAAGCAACACAACAAACAUCAAAAAGCAUUUCUCCCUACGUACUCAUAGUGACUUUGUUCAUCUUGGUAAUUUUUAUUGUGAACAAUAAUGUGUCCUUUCAGGUCUUUGGAGCAGGUUCGUCCUCAGAAAACUACUCUAUGGACACAACUUCAUACAUUCCAACGACAGUCUACACCUCAACAGCUAGUGGAGGAGGGAACGGGGUGGUAGGAAAAUCAAGUUACUCGACCUAUUUUGCCUCUUCCAGCUCGUCUUACCCACCUACAACCACUGUACCACUGGCUGCUCCUCAACCAAUAUUACAAUCUCAAUACCUGACCAUCAAUCCUCAACCUCUACCUCAACCAAUAGUUGGUGCAGGUGGAGCGACAGUUAUUCCUCAAGCUUAUCCAUAUGGUGGAACGGCUCCGUUGGUUCAAUCUUAUCCUCAACCAAUUCCAAUGGGAGGUCAGCCUUAUCCUUAUUAUGCUCAGCCCUUACCUCAACCUGUGCCUCAACCCGUUCCAACUCAACCGAUUAUGGCACAGCCAGUCCCUCAACCGAUUCCUCAACCAAUGCCAGUUGCACAACCAGUUCCACAGCCCGUACCUAUUGCUCCUCAACCUGUGCCUCAACCCUUGCCAGUGGCACAGCCAAUUCCUCAACCUGUUCCUGUGGGUGGCGGAGCUGUCAUUGUUGGUCAACCCGUUCCUCAACCUAUUCCUCAACCCAUUCCUCAGCCAUUACCAGUUGCACAACCCAUGCCUCAACCUGUUCCAAUUUAUGGUGGUUAUGGAGGAUAUGGUGGAUAUGCUGCACAACCUCUUGUACCUGUUUAUGGUGGAGGUGGAGUUGUUUACGGAGGUGGAGGAGGUGUUGUGCCUUUCACCAUUGAUGGUGCAGCCACUGUGAUCACGUAUGCUCAACCACUUCCACAACCAAUUCCACAACCUGUGCCAGGUGCUGCUGUUAUUGGACAACCUGUCGUAUUGGUUGAAGACACACCUCCAUGUAAAGCUAAAGGAACAUGUUCUGACUCUUCCCCCAUUGGAAAUGUGGUUGUACCGCAAUCAGCCUCGCAACCAGUAACUGUACCUGUUCCAAGCGUUGAUAUUUAUGCACCAACCAAAGCUGUCGUUGAUGUGUACGCUCCAAUUCACUCCAAGUGCAUUACACAGCUCAAAUCUUUAACAACUCUAGCCAUCAGUGGAUCCUCUACUGUAUGCACAUCUGUAAUGAAUUGCAUGCUUAAUUAUACCAUCAAUUACAUUCAGUAUGGAUUGAAUGCUCUAAGCGCAUCCAGUGCUUCAAGCAUUAUUCAACUUUCUCUCAAUCCCAAAGACGAAGUUAAUACCUUAUGGUCCACUUUGGAGAAUCUUGCUGGAAAGUUAGCAGAUGAUGGAUACGGACCUGCAGUUGCCUCUACCACCACUGCUGCAUGUACAACUGAUUUAUCACCAGUAUUUUCCAGAGUGACAAAAGGAACCACCAAGUCGGGUGUUGUUUUUGUCAACUCCUGCUGGGCGCGGCAAGCCAAAGCUCCAUUACCAUACGUACCUACACAGCUGAAACCUGGUGCUGUUUCACAAGGAGAUCGAUUCAAAUUCCCAGACGAUGUUGUGAACCCAAAUAAUGUGAUCGCCAACUAUUACGUUUUGAGCGCUUUGCGAGUUGUCAACUUUUCUCUCUACUACUUUAAGCAAUGCAUGGGUGAACCAAUGCUUGCUGCAUUUACCACUGCAUCCACAACAUUGACUGAAGUUUCCAAUUUGAUUUCAACAGGAAACAUCGACAGUGCAAUCACUGCCUUAACACAAUUACAAACCAUUUUGAGAAACCUUCAAUAA